AUGCGGUGCGUCGCGCUGUCGUUUUUCCUCAUCUCCUCAUGUUUCGCCGACCUCUACUUCAUGAUCGAAAAGGCGAAGGUUUUUCAGUGUGGCGGAACCAAUGCCAUAGAGCUGAAAGAAAAGGACAUCCGGGCGACCGACAGCCAGGGUCGCGAGGUGCACUAUUUCAAGGCACCUGGCGAAGUGGUGGUCACCUUCCGUAACAUCCGCGUCCGGCAACCGAUGAAGAACCUUGCCGGAGACCUGAGCGUCAACCUGCAGGUGCCCCUCGGCGACUCACCUCUCGGCUUCCGCUGGGACAUCCCUUAUUCUGCCGUACCCCAGAAGAAGUUGAUCGGCGGCUAUACGUGCGAUGAACAGUCCGGCUACAUUAAGGAAGGCAACAGGAACAUCUGCCGUUACUGCAAUUUAUGCAUGACCACUGCCACGGUCGAGCAGAAACUGAGCACCAAUCAGAGGUUCUUGCCGAACCUUGGCCGCAACGAAGAGAAGUUCAGCCGAAUCUGCGGCAACAUCAAGCCAACCGUCUACCAAAUGACUCGGACUAUCAAGCUUCCGUCUAAGGAAGAGCUGAAACGAUUGGUCGAAGAAAAAUCCAGCAAAAUUGAAAACACCCUGAAGAACAAGCUGAACAUUGGGGUAAGUGAAGAUGCUUAUGAAUUAACCUUUGCAUCUUAA